AGCUGUAACAGCGGUUGACCUCACACCACCCACCACUGCUCUGUUUCUUUCUAUUUCUUGUUUUUUCCCCCAAACAGGACAAAACAAACAUAUAGGUUAACUGCAAAAAUUCAACUUUGAUCAAAUGCUGAUCAAAUUCAAGGGUCCCCUCUCCUAGAUCUUCUUUCAGGUCACUGUUGCAUCUCUCACCUUUUCUCCAACGCCACGUUCCUUGCUUUGGUUGGAGGGAGAUGAUUGAUGGAGUCCAGUGAGCAAGAGAACGUGUCGCUUAGAGAGUUCCAUGCUAAUGGAACUCGCAUUAGUGCAUCAGAAGUUGAGGCCAAGCUUGAUCAAGGAAAUAUUCAAGAGGCAGAAGAUGCAUUGCGAGAAGGGUUGUCACUUAAUUUUGAGGAAGCAAGAGCUCUUCUUGGAAAGUUGGAGUAUCAAAGAGGUAAUGUAGAAGGUGCUCUUCGUGUGUUUGAUGGAAUUGAUCUCCAAGCUGCCAUACAGCGAUUGCAACCUGCCUUUUCUGAAAAACAACCAGCCAAGAAAGGUCGCACUCGCAUUGAAUCACCCUCAAUCUCUCAGCAUGCGGCUAGUUUGGUGCUUGAAGCCAUCUACUUAAAAGCCAAGUCUCUGCAAAAACUUAGGAAAUUUACUGAGGCUGCUAGUGAAUGUAAACGUAUUCUUGAUGCUGUUGAGAAGAUAUUUUAUCUGGGGAUUCCUGAUAUUCAAGUGGAUAAUAAGUUGCAAGAGAUAGUCAGCCAUGCAGUGGAGCUCCUUCCAGAGCUUUGGAAACAAGCUGGUUGCUAUGAUGAGGCAAUCUCUGCUUAUAGGCGUGCCCUUCUUAGUCAAUGGAACCUUGAUACUGAUUGCUGUGCAAGAAUUCAAAAGUCAUUUGUUGUUUUUUUGCUAUACAGUGGGGUGGAGGCAAGUCCACCUAGUUUAGCAGUUCAGAUUGAUGGAUCAUAUGUGCCUAAAAAUAAUCUUGAAGAGGCUAUUCUGCUAUUGAUGAUUCUUUUGAAAAAGUUUUGUCUUGGUAAGAUAAAAUGGGAUCCUUCAGUCAUGGAACACCUGACUUUUGCACUGUCUAUAUGUAACCAAACUUCUGCUUUAGCAAAGCAAUUUGAAGAAUUGAUGCCUGGAGUAUACCACCGAAUUGAUUGUUGGAAUUCUUUAGCCUUAUGUCUUAGUGGAGCUGGAAAAAAUGACAAUGCUUUGAAUCUACUAAGGAAGUCUUUGCACAAACAUGAACAGCCAAAUGACCUUACAUCAUUGUUGUUAGCUGCCAAGAUAUGCAGUGAGGAUCCCCAGCUUGCUAAUGAGGGAGUGAACUAUGCUCAGAGGGCAAUCAGUAAUGCUCAUGGCCCAAAAGAGCAUUUAAAAGGUGUUGCUCUUCGGAUGUUGGGACUUUGUUUGGGAAAGCAAGCUAAGGUUGCUUCCUCUGAUUAUGAGAGGUCUCACCUUCAGUCCAAAGCUCUGGAGUCACUGGAGGAGGCAAUUAGAUUGGAGCCAAACAAUUCUGAUCUGAUUUUUGAAUUGGCUGUUCAGUAUGCAGAGCACCGAAAUUUGCGUGCUGCUUUGCGCUCUGCAAGGCAUUUCUUUAAUGAAACGGGUGGUUCUGUAUUGAAAGCUUGGAUAUUGCUUGUUCUAAUUUUGUCUGCACAACAAAGAUUUUCAGAAGCUGAAGUGGUGACAGAUGCUGCUUUAGAUCAGACUGCAAGAUGGGAGCAGGGCCCACUGCUUAGGCUAAAAGCAAAGUUGAAGAUCUCCCAAUCACGACCCAUGGAUGCUAUUGAAACUUAUCGUUACCUUCUUGCAUUGGUUCAAGCCCAGAAGAAAUCCUUUGGGUCUCUCCAAAUUAGUUCAAAAGUUGAGGAUUAUAAAGUAAAUGAAUUUGAUAUUUGGCAUGGUCUGGCAAAUUUAUAUGCUAGUCUUUCUCGUUGGAAGGAUGCUGAAAUAUGUUUGCAAAAGGCCAGGGAGUUGAAGAAAUAUUCUGCAGCAUUGGUGCACACCGAAGGUGUUUUGUUUGAAGGACGUGGACAAAAUCGAGAAGCUCUUUGUGCUACUAUUAAUGCUGUACUACUUGAACCAAAUCAUGUUCCAUGCAAGAUUUUGAUGGGUGCUUUGAUUCAAAAAAUGGGUUUAGAUUCGGAGUAUUUGACUGUUGCAAGAAGCUCACUGUCUGAUGCACUUCGAAUAGAGCACACAAAUCGCAAGGCUUGGUAUUGCUUGGGAUUGCUUCACAAGCUUGAUGGCCGAAUAAAUGAUGCUGCUGACUGCUUCCAAGCAGCUUCCAUGCUUGAAGAAUCUGAUCCCAUCGAAAGUUUCAGCUCUAUAUCUUGACACGAUUCAAUUCUAAAAUAGUUAACUCUGCAGGCAGCGGUGAGAUUCAUCUCAGUGUUUUCAGUUGAUACAACUUCUAGGUUGUUCAAUGGGACACAAGAGAAACAGUUUUAGGAAAUGUAUUCCUUUUUUUCAAUUGUUGUCAUCACAAACUAGGCUCAAAGAAAAGGAAUUGAAAACAUUAUAUUAUAUAGUUAAAUAUAAGAUAAAGGGAUUGAUGUUAAACUGGUUGUGGGAUGGAAGAAUUGUAAAGAACUUGGACCGGCAGAGGUAGUAACGUGGAUCAACGGCUGCUCAGCCUUGUAAAUGUCUGUCUAGCAGUAUCAUUGUAAAGAGAGUAGAGAUUCAGUUUUCUUCUUUAUGUGUUUUAGUUUAUUGGCUAGAUCUACAAAGCAUAAAGGAAAAUGCUAGGAGUCACUUGAAUUGAGAUGCAGCCAUUUGUACUUGUGUACAUUUAUGUAAUUUUUCUUGAACUUUGAUGUUGUUUCAUAUGUAUUUGUAUCAAGUCCUAAAUAUUUUGCCACUUCAAAAUGGGCACCUAUACUCAUUUUUGUGAUGGGCAGAUGGCUUAGUUUA